AUGGAUGAGGAGCGGGGCCUGGAGCAUAUGAUACCAAAAUCAAGAUCAUCAUCAUCAUCAUCAUCUUCAUCAUCUUCUGCAGCAGGAUCACCCAGAUCUGGGCUCAUAGAGCCUCUGCUUGUCAAUAACAGCAGGCUCAAUACUACUUCCCAAAUUGCCAUUGUUGGAGCCAAAGUUUGUCCGAUUGAAAGUCUCGACUACGAGAUCAUUGAGAAUGAUUUAUUCAAGCAAGACUGGAGUUCUAGAGGAAAGGCUGAGCUAGCACAGUAUAUGAUUCUAAGAUGGGCCAUUGCACUUCUUAUUGGUUUAGGCACAGGCCUUGUUGCCUUCUUUAACAACAUUGGAGUUGAGAAUAUUGCCGGUUUCAAGCUUCUCUUCACCAACGAUCUCAUGCUUAAUCACAAAUAUUAUAAGGCCUUUGCAGUUUAUGCUAGUUGUAAUAUGGUUUUAGCCAUUGCUGCAGCAUCCCUCUGUGCCUACAUUGCCCCUGCAGCAGCAGGAUCUGGCAUACCUGAGGUAAAGUCAUAUCUCAACGGCGUAGACGCUCCUUCUAUAUUGGCUCCAACCACCCUCUUUGUAAAGAUUUUUGGUUCAAUAUUUGGGGUUGCAGCUGGUUUUGUUGUGGGUAAGGAAGGGCCUAUGGUGCAUACUGGUGCUUGCAUAGCUAAUUUACUUGGACAAGGUGGUUCUGAAAAAUAUGGACUAACCUGGAAAGGAUUCAGAUAUUUUAAAAAUGACAGAGAUCGAAGGGAUUUUAUCACAUGUGGUGCGGCUGCUGGUGUUGCCGGUGCCUUUCGUGCCCCAGUUGGUGGUGUCCUUUUUGCACUUGAAGAAGCGGCUUCUUGGUGGAGGAGUGCUCUUUUGUGGCGAACAUUUUUCACUACAGCUGUAGUAGCUGUAGUGUUGAGAGGUUUCAUGGAAUAUUGCAAAGGUGAAAAAUGUGGUCUUUUUGGGGAAGGAGGUUUGAUAAUGUUUGAUGUCAAUUCAGUAAAGCCUGCAUACAGCAUACCUGACUUACUGGUAGUUAUAUUUCUUGGAGUUAUUGGAGGUCUUUUGGGAAGCCUUUAUAAUUAUCUCGUGGAUAAGGUCCUUCGUACUUACAGCAUCAUUAAUGAGAAAGGUCCUAUUUUUAAAAUAAUACUUGUGAUGAUUAUAUCAUUUUUGACCUCUUGCUGUUCAUUUGGGGUUCCAUGGCUAUCAAAGUGCAUCCCUUGUCCUUCUCAUGUUGGGGAUCAGUGCCCAACCGUAGGGCGCUCUGGACACUACAAGAAUUUCCAGUGUCCUCCUAAUCACUACAAUGACCUCGCCUCUCUCUUUUUUACAACCAAUGACGAUGCCAUCCGCAACCUCUUUAUUGCUGGCUCUGACAAAAGAUUCCUGCUCUCCAGUCUCCUAAUAUUCUUUGUAGCAAUUUACUUUCUGGGAAUCAUCACUUACGGCAUUGCAAUUCCGUCAGGGCUCUUUAUUCCGGUGAUACUUGCAGGGGCCUCGUAUGGUCGUGUUGCAGGAAGUUUGUUAAGUCCAUUCACAGUUUUGGAUGUGGGCUUGUUUGCACUCUUGGGAGCUGCAUCCUUCCUUGGUGGCACAAUGAGAAUGACUGUUUCUCUUUGCGUCAUACUUCUUGAACUUACUAAUAACCUCCUCAUGCUACCAUUGGUCAUGUUGGUUCUCCUUAUCUCAAAGUCUGUGGCAGAUUGUUUUAACAAAGGCGUUUAUGAUCAAAUAGUGGAAAUGAAGGGGUUGCCUUAUUUGGAAGCACACGCAGAACCGUACAUGAGGCAGUUAGUUGCAGGUGAUGUUGUUUCUUGUCCGUUGGUUACAUUCUCUAAGAUUGAAAAAGUGGGGAAUAUUGUGCACACUUUAAAGGUGACGCGACAUAAUGGGUUCCCUGUAAUUGACGAGCCCCCAUUAUCAGAUGCACCAGAGUUGUGUGGAUUGGUUUUGAGGUCACAUUUGCUUGUAAUUCUUAAACACAAGGUAUUUACGACGAUGCAAGAGGGGAUGCCCUUGAUUAUUAAUAAGUUGAGGCCACAUGAUUUUGGAAAGCCAGGUUCAGGGAAGGGGAUAAAGCUGGAUGAUUUAGAGAUAUCAGAGGAGGAGAUGGAAAUGUAUGUUGAUCUGCAUCCUAUUACCAACAGGUCACCAUAUACAGUUAUAGAGACAUUGUCUUUGGCUAAAACAGCUGUUCUUUUUCGCGAGCUUGGCCUCAGGCACUUGUUGGUCCUCCCAAAGACACCUGGUAGGCUUCCCAUUGUGGGGAUCAUGACUAGGCACGACUUCAUGCCGGAACAUAUAUUGGGAUUAUACCCUCAGUGCAAUCCCUACAACAAGUAG